GGGCCCUGGCUGGGGGCGGAGGAACCGAGGCCGCGACCCACGGGGGGCUUCGCCAUGUCCUACUGCCCCCGCCCCCGCCCCUGCCCCUGCUGCCGCCGCCGCCGCCGUCCGAGUGUUGGCUGCCGCCCUCGGGGCCUGGUUUCAAUGUGAACUGUAUUAGCGGAAAAAAUUCUUUGAAAAAUUAUUGACAAAGAAUCUACAUUUGAUUUCACCGUAACAGGAAGAAGAACCUUGCCAUCUGCUGAGCUAGGACGAGGAUCCUCCUCCCAACCUGGGCUUCCUGUCAUGGAUGAAGAGACACAGCACAGCCUUGAAUGCAUCCAGGCCAAUCAAAUCUUUCCCAGGAAGCAAUUGAUUCGAGAGGAUGAGAAUCUUCAGGUUCCUUUCCUGGAACUUCAUGGUGAGAGCACAGAGUUCGUGGGCCGGGCUGAGGAUGCCGUCAUUGCAUUGUCCAAUUACAGGCUGCACAUCAAGUGCACGGAGUCACUCGUUAAUGUUCCAUUACAGCUCAUAGAGAGUGUUGAAUGCCGAGAUAUAUUUCAACUUCAUUUGACUUGCAAAGACUGCAAAGUUAUCAGGUGUCAGUUCUCAACCUUUGAGCAGUGUCAAGAGUGGCUUAAGAGACUGAACAAUGCAAUCCGGCCUCCUUCGAAGAUAGAGGAUCUCUUCUCAUUUGCAUAUCACGCUUGGUGCAUGGAGGUCUAUGCCAGUGAGAAGGAGCAGCAUGGAGACCUGUGCCGGCCAGGGGAGCACGUCACAGCAAGAUUUAAAAAUGAAGUUGAGCGGAUGGGUUUUGAUAUGAACAAUGCCUGGAGGAUCUCCAACAUCAAUGAGAAGUACAAGCUGUGUGGCAGCUACCCACAGGAGCUCAUUGUGCCAGCCUGGAUUACCGACAAGGAGCUAGAAAGUGUAGCAAGCUUCAGGUCCUGGAAACGCAUCCCUGCCGUAGUCUACAGGCACCAAAGUAAUGGGGCUGUCAUUGCCCGCUGUGGGCAGCCCGAGGUCAGCUGGUGGGGCUGGCGGAAUGCAGAUGACGAGCACCUCGUGCAGUCCGUGGCCAAAGCCUGUGCCUCUGACUCCAGGUCAAGUAGUGGCAAGAUACUGAAUGGAAAUUGCUCCAGAGAGUAUUCCAAUGGAGCUGACCUUUCAGAUGUGGAAUUUGACUCUUCCCUGUCCAACGCUUCUGGAGCAGAGAGCUUAGCUGUCCAGCCUCAGAAGCUUUUAAUCUUGGACGCACGUUCCUAUGCGGCAGCUGUGGCGAACCGAGCCAAAGGGGGAGGCUGUGAGUGCCCAGAGUACUAUCCCAACUGCGAAGUGGUGUUUAUGGGCAUGGCAAACAUUCAUUCGAUUCGGAAGAGCUUUCAGUCCUUGCGGUUGCUGUGUACACAGAUGCCAGAUCCGGGAAACUGGCUUUCUGCUCUCGAAAGUACCAAGUGGCUGCAGCACCUGUCAGUGCUGCUGAAGUCGGCCCUGCUGGUCGUCCAUGCCGUGGACCGAGAUCAGCGGCCGGUGUUGGUGCACUGCUCUGACGGCUGGGAUCGGACCCCACAGAUCGUGGCGCUGUCUAAGCUCCUGCUCGAUCCCUACUAUCGGACCAUAGAGGGCUUCCAGGUACUGGUGGAAAUGGAAUGGCUCGAUUUUGGCCAUAAGUUUGCCGAUCGCUGUGGCCACGGGGAGAACUCGGAUGACCUGAAUGAGCGUUGUCCCGUGUUUCUGCAGUGGCUGGACUGUGUCCACCAGCUCCAGAGGCAGUUCCCUUGCUCUUUUGAGUUCAAUGAAGCAUUCCUUGUCAAGUUGGUACAACACACCUACUCUUGCCUCUUUGGAACAUUCCUGUGCAACAAUGCGAAGGAGAGAGGAGAAAAACACACUCAGGAACGGACCUGCUCUGUCUGGUCUCUGCUUCGGGCAGCCAACAAGGCCUUCAAGAACCUGCUCUAUUCUUCUCAGUCAGAAACUGUGCUCUAUCCAGUGUGCCAUGUGCGAAACCUAAUGCUCUGGAGUGCCGUGUACCUCCCAUGUCCCUCCCCUUCCACGCCUGCCGAUGACACCUGUGCCCCGUACCCAGUGCCUGGUGCCAGUCCUGAAGAUCAGCCUCUGAGCAGGCUACCAAAGACUCGGUCGUUUGACAACCUGACCACAGUCUGCGACAGCAACAUGCCCCCGACUGGCCGGCGCAGCAGCGACCCUAGCCUCAAUGAGAAGUGGCAAGAACAUCGGCGCUCUCUGGAGCUGAGCAGCCUGGGCAGCCCGGGGGAGGAGCCCUGUGACGGGGACAGUUUGGGCAGACAGGCCAAGGCUUUGGUGGGAGCUGAGCUCUCAGUGGCUGCUGGUGUGGCAGAGGGGCAGAUGGAAAACAUUCUGCAGGAGGCCACUAAAGAGGAUGGGGGGCUGGAGGAAGCCCCCCUGAGGAGUGGUGCCCAGGUGGUGGAGACCAAAGAGGAGGCUGCCCUGGACAAGAAGGGCCAGCGCGAGGACACGGAGCUCUGCAAGAAACCAGAGUCGGCCCUGGUGGCUCUGAUGACAUCUCCGGGAAACAGCACGCAUCAGCUCUUGGCGGGUUUCCCUGGGCACCCCGAAGAGCCUGGGGCUCUGCCAAGCCGUGCCCAGGAGCCCCCUGAGAGGGACGGCCUGCAGGAGGUUCUUGGAGAGGGGCCUGGGAAUAGUGGCACUCCCCAGGAUGUGGAUGCCCCCCUGCACCCUGAGCUCCCCUAUGGCAGCUCCCUGCCCACAGCAAUCCCACUGGGAGCACGAACAUGCACUGUGGAAAGCUCUGUGGAAACAUUAACAGAAGGGGAGGCCAAAGCCGAUCAACUCCCCCAAGGUCCCGGUCACAGACCGUGCCUCCUGGACAGUGGGGAUGACGAUCUUUCUCGAGCUGAUGGGGAGCAGCUGGUGGACAGGGCCAGGGUGGGAUCCAAAGUAGCCAGGACUUCCCCCAGCCCAAUGCCUUCUUCCUGUGCCUUGCCCGUGGCUGAAUGUAAAGAGGAGAUUGUCUGUAAUGGCGACCUGGAGAUGGAGAACAAGGCCGUGGAGAGCCCCGUGGGGCUAACGGUGCCCCAGAGAUACCCUGCCCCAAACGGACAUUGUCUGGACGGAGAGCGUGCUCGCAUCAAAGGGCCCUGGAGCCGACGGGUGUCUGCUGCUAGCGGUGGCUCUGCCCAGCUCCCCUCGCGGAGCGGGCACCCCAAGUGGCUGCAGAGCCAGCCGGGCAGGCAGCUGGUGGCCAGCAGUCCGGACCAGCCCACUCGCAGUCACCUGGACGACGACGGCAUGCCCGUCUACGCGGACGCCAUCCAGCAGCGCUUGCGCCAGAUAGAAACGGGCCACCAGCAGGAAGUAGAGACCUUGAAGAAGCAGGUGCAGGAGCUGAGAAGCCGCCUGGAGAGUCAGUACCUGAACAGCUCCCUGCGCUUCAAUGGGGACUUUGGGGAUGAAGUGACCUCAAUUCCCGACUCGGAAAACAAUGUGGAUCAGAGCUGCUUGUCUUGCUGCAGCACAGAGGUUUUCUCUGAAGCCAGCUGGGAGCAGGUGGAUAAACAGGACACCGAGAUGACCCGCUGGCUCCCUGACCACCUGGCUGCUCACUGCUACGGCUGCGACAGUGCCUUCUGGCUCGCCAGCAGAAAGCACCAUUGCAGACGUGAGCCCGGGGAUUGGGGUAGCUUAGGUCAGCAGGUGCAGAAAUGGAGGAAAACCCGAGCACGUCCCUCUCUCAGGAGACUGGCCUUUAGGAUUCAGUCGGGCUGUUGCUGUGUAAUUCACUUUACAGGAACUGUGGGAAUGUUUUCUGCUCCAGCUGCUGCAACCAGAAGGUGCCGGUUCCCAGCCAGCAGCUCUUUGAGCCCAGCCGAGUCUGCAAGUCUUGCUAUAACAGCCUGCACCCCACAAGUUCCAGCCUCGACCUCGAACUGGAUAAACCCAUCGCUGCCACUUCAAACUGAAGCUUCUGCCCGUCGGGGACGAGUGGGUCGGGGGCCAGGCCGGCUCCCCCCCUGGGGAGCCCCCCACACACUGGGUACCCUGAGGAGGUCCUGUGGCCCGCGCACUUUGGAGUGGGGGGCAGGGAAGCACCUGCUCCGAGGGACACAACUCUAGGGCGUCUUGCUGGGGUGGCGGGUCCCUGCCCUUUUCCCCUGCCCCUCUCUGUCUCUCCAUCCUCUGGUUUGUGUUUGGGCUUUGAUUUUGCUAGAGAACUGGAGGUUGCAAAGGGGGUGAGUCAGGAGCCAAGACCAGAAGCAGUACACAGAGUACCCUUGCCCAUGCUUUCAAUCACUCCUCAUGCCACCAAACUAGGUAGUGCUGUUUGGGGAAACCUUUGCUGCUAAAGACACAGGGAGCUUUGGUCCCAUGAGAGCCCGUGCCCCCUUCUCUGUUGUUAGCCUGGGCUGAAUUAGCCUCCCGAGGCCCAGCUCUGUUCCCAGGCAGCUCGCUGUUUGGGCCGCUGGCCGAGGAAAGGGAAGGGAGGUGAGAGGGCCUGGCUUUCUCAGUGCCACUCCUGAGCCUGCAGACACAGUGAGGAGGCCUAGCCGGUGAGCAGAUCUUUCCAUUGUGCCCAUGUGGCUUGUUUGUACAUUGACCCAGAAUGUAGGACCCCCCCUUCUCGCUGACAGUGACUGGCCCGCUCCCGCCCUUGUGGCCACAGCACAGGCCAGCUGAAGGGCAGUGGCCAAGUCUGCAGCUUCCCAAUGCCCACCUCCCUUCCUGGGGCUGCUCACUCACACAGUCAUCGCCAACCCAGGGAAAUCUGGACUCAGGGUUCCAAAAGGCCCCGGCUUCCUUUCCUUUCCCCUGCCCCCACAAAACAAUCAUGAUCUCCCUUCCAAGGUGAAAUCAGCCUCUGAAAGUUCAGAACUCCAAGGAGGGAAACCAGACUCCCCAUCCCCCUUUUCCUUGGAGAAUGGAGUGGGCUCGACCUCGGCCAUCAUCAGAAAGAGGGGCCCCAUGUGGGGCCCUGGCUGGGGCUUCACAGCAGCAGCAGAACCCCUUUGGAAGAGCUGCCCUUGUAUCACUGGGGAAACUGGCCAGGAUGUGGACAGGAGGUCUGGGGGGAGAAGGGACACAGGAAGCCAGAACAGAGAGGUGGGGAGAGGCCGAGGUGGGGUGCUUUGUCUUGGUGUCUGUGUUUUGCACCCAUGGGCUCUCCCUCCCUCUGGGGAAGGACUCAAAGCUGUUAACAGGUAACAGGGUAGAAAUGUCUGGGGGAGCUCAGAGACCAGGGCCUGGGCUGAGGGCCUGCUCCUUCCUCACUCGGCGUCUGCCAGGGCCCUCAUCCCAGACGAUGCCCAGGAGCGCCAGCGGACCCCCCGCCCCCGCCACCUUGGGGGCAUGUCUGUGGCAGGACUGCCUUGGAGCUGGAAUUAGGGGAACCGGGGGUGGCCCUCCCCUCCGGGCGGGGGCCACAAGUGAGGAUGAGUCAGCCAGAGGUUACGAUACGGGUUUCUUGGGUCUGAUGUACAGUGUGAAUAAAUGCUUGCAGCUCGUAGGCCCUCCCCUUGUUUUUGAUCAAUGAAGCACUUUUUUAUUAAUAUUAUUUUUCUUUGUAUGUAAAGGAGGAAGCAUAACUCCGUAGCUGUACAUAUCACCCUUCUCUCCUACAGAGGGGGCAGUGCUCCUCUAUUUUUCAUUUUUUUGUCAAAGCAAGAAGUAAAUACUUUAGAAUUGUUAAAUAUAUAAAUAAAAGUGAAUAAAGUUUA